AUGGGUAGGGAAAUUCAUGACUCCACAGUCAUUCACUCUUCCAUUGCUCUGCUACAAGAGAGGUUUAGACAGUUACAAAGAGUGAAAGAAAUGAGGGAGGAGAGAGAGCUGCUGCAAAUGCUCAGCACUGAACCUAAACAUUUGAAUUCCAACCCCACUAAGACUUAUGAACCAACAAGGUUGUUUUUUCACUCUGAAUCGGUCAUCCCAUCAAGGUCACCACCCCAUAUUUCUCUUUCUCUAUGGCCAGCAUCGCAGGGCAUACAGGAGAACAACAGAAGAACUGUUGAGACCCCAGUCUCAAUGAACUUGAACUUCACAGAUUGUCCACAUACACAAGCUUUAUGGAAGAACGCUUAUGAUUGGGAUUCUGGCUCUGACUCUGGUGUCGAUACAUCUCUUCACCUGUGA